UAGAGGUGUGGGGCAGCUGGAGGGGUGCAGGAGCAAUGGGGUGAGGCAGGGGAGCCUGUGCAUCGUGGGGAGCCUGUGCAGGGCCAGCGCUGGUUCAGGCAGUGGAAGUCUGUCAGUCGUGCUCUGUGUGUUGAGGUGACAUAGUGCUGGAUUACGAGGGGUGUGUGUGACAAAUAGGACACUGGUGUGUGAGCCAGUGCAGGCAGGACACACAAACAACCACAAAACCACAGAUAAAAUGCAAAGAGUAAAUUUAUCCCCGUUAUCUUUGACCUGGCGGAUCUCCACAGCAGCACCUGGGCAGAGGCACGCUAGCAGGGACUCAGGUCCUUGAGAGUCCGGAAAAGGAGAUUAAAAAAGGUCUUGGGCUUGCUGCUUUUACCUAUGUCAAAGAUGGGUAGAGAACUGUCGAAGGGCAGAUUUAGAAGAUAAAACUCCAGAUCAACUCAACAAGCAUUACAGAUUGUGCGCUAAACAUUUUGAGACUUCUAUGAUAUGUAGAAGUAGCCCUUACAGAACAGUUUUACGGGAUAAUGCUGUGCCAACGAUAUUUGAUCUUACAAGUCACUUGAACAAUCCCCACAGCAGACAUAGAAAAAGGAUAAAAGAAUUGAGUGAAGAUGAAAUAAGAACACUGAAGCAACAAAAGAUUGAGGAAGCUUUUGAACGGGAACAGGCAACUCAAGAACUGAAUGAAAGCAAUGAACGAAAUACUGUCUCAGAGGAAGGAGGGGAAGAACAAGAGGAAGAAGCAGUCCCCUUAACACUGGAGGAAAGAGAAAACAAAGAUUACCUUAAAUCUCUCUUCGAAAUUUUGAUCCUGAUGGGGAAACAAAAUAUUCCUUUGGAUGGCCAUAGUGUUGUUGAGCUUCCAGAAGGUAUUUUUACUUCAGACAACUUUCAGGCUCUACUGGAAUAUAGAAUAAAUGCUGGAGAUGAAGUUCUGAGGAAACGAUUUGAGAUGACUGCAGUCAACCUUGAGUACUGUUCAAAAACUCAGCAGAAACAAAUGCUUGAGAUCUGUGAAAGCUGUGUUAGAGAGGAGACGCUGAGGGAAGUAAGAGACUCGCACUUCUUUUCUAUUGUCACUGAUGAAGUAGUAGACAUAGCAGGAGAGGAGCAUUUGCCGGUGUUGGUGAGAUUUGUUGAUGAUUCUCAUAAUCUGAGAGAAGAAUUCAUAGGGUUUUUACCGUAUGAGGCUGAUCCUGAAAUUCUAGCUGUUAAAUUCCACACAACUAUUACUGAAAAGUGGGGUCUAAACAUGGAGUACUGUCGAGGUCAAGCCUACAUUGUCUCCAGUGGGUUUGCUUCUAAAAUGAAAGUUGUGGCUACAAGACUCUUGGAAAAGUAUCCCCAAGCUGUGUAUACGCUGUGUUCCUCUUGUGCCUUAAACGUUUGGCUGGCAAAAUCUGUCCCUGUUGUUGGUGUUUCUAUUGCAUUAGGAACAAUCGAAGAAGUCUGCUGUCUUUUUAAUCAGUCUCCGCAAUUACAAGAAGAACUGGACAACAUGAUUUCUGUCCUUUUUCAGAACAAUAAGGAGAAGGCUAGCGAGCUGAAGGAGAUCUGCCGUUCUCAGUGGACAGGCAGGCAUGAUACUUUUGAGGUUUUAGUGGACCUCAUGCAAGCGUUGGUCCUAUGCUUGGAUGCGGUAAGCAGCGACUCAUCUGUCAGGUGGAACAACUUUAUUGCUGGUCGAGCAUUUGUUCUUUCAAGUGCAUUAACAGAUUUUGACUUCAUUGUCACCAUUGUAAUUCUGAAAAAUGUGCUGUCUUUUACAAGAGCAUUUGGAAAAAAUCUCCAAGGACAAACAUCAGAUGUGUUCUUUGCAGCUGGCAGCUUAACAGCAGUGUUGCAUUCUCUGAAUGAAGUGAUGGAGAAUAUUGAAGUUUACCAUGAAUUUUGGUUUGAGGAAGCAACAAAUUUGGCUACAAAACUGGAUGUACAAAUUAAACUCCCAGGAAAAUUUCGCAGGGCACAGCAGGGGAACUUGGAUUCUGAGGUAACGUCAGAAAACUACUACAAAGAAAUCCUUAGUGUCCCCACAGUGGAGCAUAUAAUUCAAGAAUUAAAAGAUAUAUUCUCAGAACAACAUUUAAAAGCUCUUAAGUGUUUAUCAUUGGUGCCCUCAGUCAUGGGGCAACUCAAAUUCAAUACAUCUGAGGAGCAUCACGCUGACAUGUAUAAAAAUGACUUGCCUAAUCCAGACACGCUUUCUGCUGAGCUUCAUUGUUGGAGAAUAAAGUGGAAGCACAGAGGAAAAGAUAUUGAACUUCCAGCUACUAUUUAUGAAGCACUUCACUUGCCCGACAUAAAGUUUUUCCCUAAUGUUUAUGCCUUGCUUAAAGUCUUGUGCAUACUUCCAGUGAUGAAGGUGGAGAAUGAAAAAUAUGAAAUUGGACGAAAGCGCUUAAAAGCAUACCUGAAAAACACCUUGACAGAGCAAAGGUCAAGCAACCUAGCUCUGCUGAACAUAAACUUUGAUAUAAAACAUGACCUAGAUUUAAUGGUGGACACCUACAUUAAACUCUAUCCAGGUAAAGUGGAAUUUCAAGAGGACUUUAUUCCUUCAAACAACUCCGAAGUAACAGAAGAUGCUUAAUUUUGUUAAGCUCUAACCAAUCUGUUGAAACAGGUUUUUUUCUUAUGCAGGUUUCAACGCUGAGGAAAAAAAAAACUGUGAAAUCUAAAAAAUGACUGCGAUUUUAUUUCUAUUUUAGGUCUCAGACUGAAGAAGCUGUGGUCAGCAACCCAAAUUAUGUUUUGUUAGUCUGCAUUAAAUGUGUUACGCGAACAAAACCAGGCCUGAAAAGAAGCUCGUGCUCUUGGCAGAGGUGCUUGUAUGUCUGAUUGACUUUAGGUGCUCACUUAUUUUAUGGCAUCUUGGAAAAAAGUACAUUGUGAUUGUAGAUCUGAUGGGGCUGUUACGUAUUCGCUCAUGAAUUAAGAUAAGAAAAAGCAUCAAAUGUUAAAGAGAUUAUAAUGAAUUUUGGUUCUGUUACAUAGGGUUUUAUUCUUUUUGAAAACUUUAAAAAAAAAAAAAAAAAGUAUUUGAUGUAUAUUUAAUUGGCAUUUUGGAGAGUGCACUCGGCUAUUGCACGAUCCCGGUGCUGUGGACUGUUCUAGGUGUAAAGUGAAUGUUAGUGAUCCAGAGGUACGUUUACAGUUUCAUGAAAGAGUCAGCCUCUUUAAUCUCUCAGUGACUGUUUACAUUCCUUUGUGUGAGACACAACUUUUUUUUUUCCCUUUAGGCUUUUAACAAGCAUGGCAGUAAUACUGAAGUUCUUAAAAGACACUAAAAUCUUAAAAUUUAUUUCGCAAACAGUUAAAUCUGUUCUAUCCUGACUCUGACAAAAUCCCAUGCAUCUUAUUGUCUAUUUGUAAACUCAUGCAGGAAGGAUUAAAAUAAGAGUUUGUUUGUCUAGAAGCAAGAUUGCAAAUAUCGCUGUUAUUUUUGGCAAGAAUGAAAACAUUUUUGUACAGUUUAUUGCAAUUUAAAAUAAAAUGUGAAUUGCUUUUUACAUAGCAUUGAAUUUUGUAGUAAAGCUGUGCCUCUCUCAGAGUGUGUAUUCUUUUGCAAGGUACCUUUUAGUUUUGACAAUUUUUUUCUCUGUUGUUUUGGCAAUUCUAGUGAGUGACAUUGUCUUAAGACCUGGGAAACUGUGUAAUAGCACUUCUGAUCUGUAUGUUCUGCUGAAGUUGGUUUUUUUUUUUAAGUAUUUUGAGACAGCACUAAAUACAGUGCUUUUAGUUGUGGAAGGUUCUAACUGAAACAGGUGGAAAUAGAUGAAAUUUUGAAUGGUUGAAAAGUCUUGCAGCUCUCCUGAUGCAUGCCAGUUUUAUAACUUGUCCUUUUAUGUACAGUUGCUGUGGGAAAGGCCCCCAGCAACAGAAAAUUGAAUAGAGACUGUGAUAAAUACAGCUCUUAUUUUUUGACUGCAUUAAAACAUUAAGAAUGAAUUUGAAAAAAAAAAAAGCCAAUCUUUUAGUAAGUAAGUGUAGAUAUUAAAGUGGCUAUGUAUAUUUUAAGAAACGUUUUCAGGGUAUUUUAUUUACAUUGAAGUAGUAAAAAUUCAAAAAGUAUUAUCUUUGUUACUUGUGUAUGCUUUCUGGCAUGCUUUCAUAUUCGAGCAAUUGUUACCUCAAUCAGUAAAGUGUUUUGGCUAAUAGCUUGCUCUGUUCCUCUGAAUAUAUGACAAUAGCCCAAAUCUGUGUUAACGCUAUU